GGGCCUAUCUGCAUAAGCAGACGGACGAACAACUUUUCGUGGUGGACGUCAAGGGAGAUGAACAAGUCCGGAAGCGGGCCCCAAAAUUCAAAGCUUCUCAGCUUACCUCGGCGAAAAUCCUCGCGCAACGCUCGGCCGUCCCGGCCGUUGCCUCACGCACCACGUCUUCGAAGAAGAGAAAGUCUCCCCUGAGCAGCACCGACAAAGAUCGCUUGCUUCGGAUGGCGAAGAGGCCAAGACGCGGUCCGCUCAACACUAUCCUAGAUCCCACGGAACAGGGCAGCGCAGGGCAGGAAUUGAGUGAGGCUGUGAAGCAGAGCGGUACCUACGAUGCUUGGGAGGUGGUUGAGGCCACGGAAGUGAAGGACGGUCUGGAGACUGUUCAGCCAAAGUCGAUCAAGGCACCGGCACAUGGGCAUCUUCGAGACGAAAUCCACGCUCCUGCCAUCUUGCAGCCCCACCAGGGAACCUCGUACAACCCCCCGUAUUGGCGCACCAGGAGCUGUUGAACCAGGCGGUCGAGGUUGAAGAGAGAAAGGCAGAGAAGGCGGCACAACUGGACGCUGACAAGGUCAAAUUCGAGCAGAUGAGGGCCGCCGAGGCCGAGGUUGUUGAGGGGAUGCCCACUGGCAUGAAGUUGGACGAAGUUGUGUCGGACGAGGACAACGACGAGGGCGACGUUGUUUCGGAGCUACUCCCGAAGAAAGCGCCGGAACGCAAAACGAAAGCGCAGAGAAACAAGGCUACCAAGUUAUUAGCUGAGAAACGAGCUCGGAUUGAUUUAGCACGCAGAAAAGCUGAACAUGCAAUGGCUCAUAACUCAAGGCAGUUGCGCAGGGCUGCGGAAGAGACUGCAUCGAUCCGGGAGAAGGCUCGCGCGCUCAAACGCUCCCAAUUGCAAGAAAGAUUGAAGCAAGGUCUGGGGGGACAGAAGCUGGGAAAGCAUAAGGUCCCCGAAGGCGAAAUCGACGUGCAGUUGGGUGAGGAUCUGAGUGAGAGCUUGCGUGGGCUCAAGGUGCGCAGGAGCAUCCAUUCGUGUAUUCUAAUGCCAACAUUGCACCCCCGCAGCCUGAGGGCAACUUGUUCCGCGAUCGCUUCACUAGUCUGCAACAACGAGCACUCAUCGAACCCCGCGUGCCAGUCCUGUAUGUCCGGGUUUUGCCUUCGGGAUAUGACAUUGACUGGUUCCCUCUAGACCGAAAAGGCGCAAGAAUCGUGCAGUAGAGUACGAGAAACACGCGUGGAAGCGAUUCGAGUGAGGGUGGGGGUAGGGGCGUAGUAGUUGUGUCCGUUGGCUCCUAUACAUGUGACGAUGUAUGAUGACUCGAGAUUUCAAGCCGACCCAGUUGGCCGCAUAGGUUCUUGGGGCUGGGGUUGGGAUAUUGCGUUCCGAAGCAGCGGCGCCCGCUCUUCGUCGACCUCGUCGUCGUCACUAGGAGGCUGGCAGCAGCGACAACAACUGCAACUGCAUAGAUUCUCCGUGAAGCUAUGCCCUGGUGAAUGAUAUCAGGGCGUGGUCAUAGGGUUGUUGUAGGACGCAACUGAGAGAGGUAAAAUCGAAGCAGAUGCCGGCGCACACGUCAAGGCAGGCUACACAGAUUAGACCAAUUAUGUCGUAUUCAGACAUUAGGGAGGGAGAGAGGUUUGAUUAACGGCGGGAGCUACUAUUGUAGCCAAGCUGCUAAUGCACACACAGUGAUGAUGAUCAAUCUCCAUUGCGGACUUUGGGGUAGCGUCCUCCCGCUUCUAUUCAGACUCGUAGUCGGCGUGUCGUUCACUUUGGGUCGACUGGAAGACGUUUCAAGGUAGGUCCUCUAGGUGCAUUGGCAGGGGUCUGUAGGACUGUGUGCCACACCAUGAAUCGUGCGAGACCUGGUGAUCGGUAGUUCCGAUCUGUCUUUCUUUACACUCCGUGCGACUCGAAAUCGUGCCAGAACCUAAUUGCCUGAGCAUCUCAAUGACACUACUGGCUCAAACGACCGGCGUUCUAUGGUGCAAUGGCGUAGUGGUUGUAAUGGCCCUAAGUCGGGAAUGUGA